CAGAAGGGUGGUAGGCACGGAUCCUUUGCGGAGGUGAAGGGACAGCAUUAGCCCAGAAUCCCGGAGCUGGCACGCGGACAGGUCACAGCUGCAGGGCCGCUAUGAGCCUGGUAGCCUGUGAAUGUCCACAUGGCCCAGGUCCAGAGCCAGAGCCCUGUUCGCGAGCUCGGUCCCAGGCCUGCCUGUACCUGGAACAGAUCCGUAACCGGGUAGCUGCGGGGACGCCUGACGUGACCAAGCGGGACUACCUGGUAGAUGCAGCCACUCAGAUCCACCUGGCCCUGGAGCGAGAUGUUAGCGAGGAUUACGAGGCCGCCUUCAACCACUACCAGAACGGUGUGGACGUGCUGCUCCGCGGCGUACACGUUGACCCUAACAAAGAGAGACGUGAAGCUGUAAAGUUGAAAAUUACCAAGUACCUACGGAGGGCAGAGGAGAUCUUCAACUGCCACCUACAGCGGACACUGGGCAGUGGAGCCAGCCCCGACACGGGCUUCAGCAGCCUGAGGCUCCGGCCCAUCCGCACACUGAGCUCUGCUCUGGAGCAGCUGAGAGGAUGCAGGGUGGUUGGGAUCAUUGAGAAGGUGCAGUUGGUCCAGGACCCAGCAACGGGAGGAACCUUCGUUCUGAAGAGCCUUCCCAGAUGCCACGUGGUGAGCCGGGAGCGGCUGACCAUCAUCCCACACGGCGUCCCCUACAUGACGAAACUGCUGCGCUACUUUGUGAGUGAGGACUCUAUCUUCUUGCACCUGGAGCAUGUGCAAGGAGGCAGGUUGUGGUCACAUCUACUCUCCCAGGCCCACUUUAAAUAUGCUGGGCUCAAGUCUGGCUCUGUUCAGGAGAAGUCAAAAGUCCAGCUCAACACCCGCCUCUGCCUCGUGACCCCAGCAAAGCUCCUACCAGGCCACACUUCGGGGCAGGAAAGAAUCCCAAAGGAGCCUCCAUGGACUUCUCAGAGCCUUCUCCCAGUCAAGGGGAUCCCAUCCCUCCAGCCUCAGGAAGAGGCUGACAGUGAACCUUCGGCCAGGACCGGUCCUUUCUGCUUUUCGGACCUCACAGAAGCUCCAUGUGGCCACUCACGCAGCCAAGUCAGGCGAGCCGGCCAGAGUUUGAACACUGCACCCAGCCGGAGGCUCCACUGGUUACGGGAAGGGGCUGACCGGGUGCUAGGGGUCUACGGCCGAGGCAGAGGCCAGAACCCCGCAUCGGCAAACAGGGCCAGCCUGGGGUGUGGACGAGCGGUCUGGAGCUCGAGGGAGGAGCAGGUGAGGCAGUGGGCAGCCGAGAUGCUCGUGGCCUUGGAGGCACUCCAUGAGCAAGGGGUACUGUGCCGGGAUCUUAACCCACAGAACCUGCUUCUGGAUCAGGCAGCCUUGGGACCGCUUAGGGAUUCCAGCUGCUCAGUGAUGCUACUUUCAACCUUUGCCCCACCAUUCCUCCCUACACACCCUGGACAAGGUCACAUCCGACUCACGUAUUUUGGCCAGUGGUCAGAAGUGGAGCCGCGGUGCAGCCAGGAGGCUGCAGACAGCCUGUACAGUGCUCCAGAGGUUGGGGGGAUUUCUGAGCUGACCGAAGCCUGUGACUGGUGGAGCUAUGGGUCACUUCUGUAUGAACUGCUCACGGGAACGGCCCUGUCCCAGAGCCACCCCUCAGGAUUCCAGGCCCACACCCAACUUCAGCUGCCUGAAUGGCUCAGUCGCCCAGCAGCCUCUCUGCUGACUGAGCUGUUGCAGUUUGAUCCCCAGCGGCGCCUCGGUGCUGGAGGUGGUGGCGCCAGCAAACUCAAGUCCCACCCCUUUUUCAGUACUAUCCAAUGGAGCCGACUAGUGGGGUAAGGGGUGGGUAAGUGGACAAAGAAGAUGGCUUAGUUCUUGAUUGUCUACCACCUGGCUGGCCCUUCAUCAGUGGACCUCAGGGGACGAAGGUGGGGCGGUAGCUGCUUUACCUGCUCAGAACCUGCUUGGGCCUCAGACGUGUGACUGCUUCUAGUCUAAAGAAGUCAGCCCCUGUAACUGUUGGGAGAGGCGGUGAGGUGCACCCUGCUGAGCGACCUGCACCCAUCAGCAACAGAUACCUGUUGGACACACACUUUGCACAGUUGGCUGGGACCUCUCAUGUUAAAUGCUGCCUUCUGUUGCUCUAGCUCCAAACGUCUCAACACCUGCCGAGCCGACUGACACACUUGGUGACACAGACAUGUUGUACACCAACCACUUAAGACAUCUCAGGACACUGAUCCCAUGGCUCAGUAAAUCCAACCAAGACUGUCCUGGGUCCAUUUUCGCAGGCUGCUUCUACCAGAUGUUUGUUCCCACAGGGCUUGGGGCACUCGGAAGUAGGUUAUUCUGUAGGGUUAAGUAGGGAGAGGUGGGGAAGUAUGGCCCACUGACUUUGGAGAAUCAGCUAAGGGGAAGAGAUGUCAGUAGGGUUACAAGUGGGUAAGAAUGCACUUUUAGCACUCAGACUGAGUUUGCAAACAGAAUAAAGAGUUUUAUUCUCUG